AUGGCCUCAAGGCUUCCCCUCCUCUCACUUCCUGCGGCCAUGAGCUCUAGCAACGACGGCUGCGAAACUGGUGCUAACUGUCGAACCCAGUACGACAUCAUCUGGGGCUGUCUCAUUACGAUCUUUGCCUGCGUGUGGGUAUCGGUCCACCCAAACCUCCCUGCGCGGCCGUCAGGGCAACAGCCGGACGACGGCGACUCGUUUUGGGUGCGAUGGCGAUGGUUGCUGGUGGAGGGAACAUAUGCCUUCCGAGCCCGAAUGAAGCUCAUGCUAGUGGGAUUGCUGGCCCCGGAGCUGAUAGCGGGCUUUGCGUUGAGGCAGCGGGUGAUGGCAGGGAAUUUCUCUCAGAAACUUUUGGUCUCCAGAACACACGGGUUCUUCAUCUGCAUGGGUGGCUUCGUGGACGAAGGACGGCAUCCAAUUGUUACCUGGGGUCAGAUUACAGGUGCCUCGGGCUUCUAUCGCGUGCCGAAACCACAUAUUUUGCAAAGGGAUGCACCCCCUACACUUCUUGCCAUCAAGCAAACAACCCGCAGCUUUAUUAUGGAUAAAAGCAAAGGCGACGUGGUCACCAAAGCCGUGGCCUUCAGUCAGGGCGCCUGGUUCAUUGCGCAAUGCAUUGCACGUUUGGUACAACACCUCCCCUUCACGCAGCUCGAAGUCGCCACGCUCGCCUUCGCAGUCGUCAACAUAUUCACCUGGGUAUUGUGGUGGGACAAACCACUGGAUGUUCAAGAGCCGCUUGUCAUAACAGCGGGCCCAGAAGUCUCGGAGCCCUACCCACGAGAUGGGCCCCCCGACAAGGCGAACGCCUUUGUCACCGGAUUUGUGCGACUCAUGGGCUUGGCCCACACGAAGGAUGCCUGGAGCCCUGAAACCGAAUUCAGUGUCCCCACAUUCUGGUUUGCCACCUGGUCGGACACUCCUGCAGAGAUGGAAACUCUCUGCGUACUCGGGGAGCUUGGCAUCGCCUGCAUCUUCGGCGCGAUCCAUUGCGCCGCCUGGAACUCGAUCUUCCUCUCCGGCGCGGAGAAAUGGCUUUGGCGCAUCUCGUCAAUCUUUCUGACCGGCGCGCCAUUAGCAGCUAUGUUUCUCUCUCGCAUGUCCUUGUCCCACAAGAAUCGGACGAUGAUGUGGGUCAUCGUCCUCCUUUAUGUCCCCAUUCGACUGCUUCCUCUGGUUUUACCAUUUGCCGCCUUGCGCGGACUCACGGGCGGAGAUUUCAUCGAUGUCAACUGGAGUAUUUAUAUUCCUCAUUUGUAG